AAGCUGAAGAUUCGCUGCGCUGGCACCAAACGCCAUCGCCGUUUGAUUCCAAAACGACCAACGGCACCGAGGCAUAUAGCCUCGCCUGGCACGUAUCCUCACUCGAAUCCCGCACUCGGCGCCCGUCGCAUCACUUGGAUACAUACCUCCAAGACGACUCUUGUCGCCUCGCGACAGACUUUGGCCGUUGCCAGCCACGCCUCGCCGUGGGGCAGCUAGGCCGAGCAAUUCAGCCGUGAGCGUUGAGCACACUCAGCGCGGCUCAAACCGCCACCAUGGUUGCGCCAGCUGUUCCAGAAAUCACCGAGGAGGUGCUGCAUGAGGCAAUUGACACCCGUACAGACCAGUUGAUCGCACUGCGCGAGCUGGGCCCCCCUGAUCUGGUUCACCUUACCAAGCAGCAGAAGGGCAACACUGCCAAACACUUCGGCGUAUACCACCAUGUCACCGGCGUUGACGCGUCAUCUUCGGCCAGCCUGGCGGCGUACAUCAACACGCUCACCUACAAGGAUCACGGCCAGGCAGCGACGGCCAAGAUAGUGCAGGGCGUUUACUGCUGCUACAAUGCUCUCUCCCGCCUUGAUAUGCGCGUCCACGUCACCAUCCCCGGUUCGGUCGAAAGUUACUGUGUGGAUGAGAGAGGCGAGAAGAAGAAGGCGACGGAUGAUCUGUGGCUGGAGACAUAUCUGUGCAGCGUGCUUCGAGCCUACUCGUAUGCGGACGAUGGGAGCGGAGAAACCAUCCGCAAAAUUAUGGGUGUGCGGAGAUUCAACCCCGUUACCAACACUGAAACCGAGCACCGUUUUCUCAGCGCCGCCGAGCAGCUUUUCUUCAGAGGAUGGCAACUGGGAUCCGACUCGACUGUGCAGGUUCCCAACAUUGUCUCAAAUCAUCUAGUCAGCGGGCUUCUCAAGUACUUCCAGACCACAGGAAGGUUCGUGUCGGGCAUCAACCUGUUUGAGAAGCUUCGAUCGCAGAAUGUCGAGGUCGCCUCCCUGCUCGCCAAGGUUCUGUUCGAGGGACACGAGGAAGUGCGGGGCGUCCGCAUUCUGCACCAGGCUCUUCAAGAGUCACCCAUGGACUACGUCAUGCUUGACACCCAGGCCGAAUUUCUCCUCAAAAAGGCAAAGCUGGCGACGGCUCCCGAGCAGAAAGAAGUCAGACUCCGGAUGGCCCUGGGCUGUGCAGACAGGAGCACGAUCGCAGCGCCUAGCGAAUUCGGAACAUGGGCUCGACUGGCCGAGGUCUAUGUCGCCAUGGAAGACUGGGAGAAUGCGUUGACGAUUCUCAACUCGUGCCCUAUGUUCACCUACCAGGACAAGGAUGCCCCACUCAUGCCGGAGCCCAAGGACGUUUACUUACCGACACUAGUGGAGACGAGGCUAGAUGAAAUUGACAGCGAGCCCGAAGGGAGGUACAACGAGCAGGUGGACCCCAGCUAUGCGAGUUUGCGUGCCGCCCAGUAUCGCGGUACGUUCAAGCAGGCCUACAAGGUCUUGACCGAGAUGACGGCCAAGAUUGGAUGGGACCAGCUCCUGAAGAUCCGUAGCACCGUCUUUGUGAUGGAGGAUGAGUACAGGACAGAGAAGCAGGAGGGCAGCGCAUCUGCUCAGCGCAACGCCAGCAUCGAUGGCAUCAGAGGCUCUCCUCAGCAGCCGGCCAACGGCGACCCUGCCCCGGAAGAGGAGAAGGAGAAGGAGAAGGCCAAGGAUGAGUCGGAUACCGACUCAGACACCGACUCCAAGAUAGAGGGAGAGACGGGCAACAAUUUGACCGCCAACGGACAAGGCCUGGAGAGACCCAGCAGCACAGCUGACCCGUCCGAGGUCAAGAGCGACCAGGAGAAUGGCGUUGUGCCGGAGGAUCACUCGCGCCUGAACAACAAGCGACUUUGCGAGAGGUGGCUCGAUAGCCUGUUCAUGGUUCUGUAUGAAGACCUUCGCAUGUAUACCAUCUGGCGUACGCAGAAAGCGCAAUACCGUGCUCAGCAAAUGCAGUUCAACAAGUCGGCCGACGAGUGGGAGAUUCUGGGGGCGCUGGCAGAGCGUCUCCACCACCAGGAGGAGGCAGUUGAGGCGUACAGAGCCUGCCUGAGCCAACGAUUCAGCCCCAAGGCACUCUCAGGAAUCCUGCGCGCCUUUGAAAACAGCAAGCCCAACAGCACGCGUGAGACGGUGGCGGCUGUCAUCCGUCUGGUUACGUGGCAGUACCGCUGGUACUCGGAGUUUUCGCCCGAGCUGUUGCACACUAUUCGGACUCUUAUUGAGGACGAGGGCGCAGUGAAGGUCCGGAGCAUCAUUCAGGCCACAAACUUGCCGCAGAACGUCCUCGACCUGACGCAUCACUACGCCGCGCUCUGUGCGACUUUCCGGAGCAGCGGUACGGACGGUUAAUACUGGGGAUUGAGAGGUCUUGUUAUCUCUGAGAGAUGACGUGGGAGCCCUCGCAACAUGGUGACCAUCUAAAUACCUAGUAGGUAGUCAUAGGCUAGGCCUAGUUGGUAGAUUUUCUGGGCAGGCUUUGCUCAUGAGAACAUAAUAAUCAUCAAACAGCGAUCAGCACUUGAUUUCUAUUUCACCUCCUUUGCCCUUGCUACUCGACAAUGAAGACUUAUAAG